UACAAUUGAUGUCAGCACUUGAGAAUUUAAUUAGGGAACAGAUUACACCCCUGGAGUUGUUUGUAGAAAUUUUGGAUUUUUUCCAAAACGGACUACUAUAAAGGAAAGGCAGCAGAAUAUUACUAGACAAAACAAUGUUUUGAAAGACUAUUACUUAAUUGUAAUGGUCAUGAUACUCCUUCAUAAGUAGUUGCUUUUUUUCCCUUUAACUAACCGGUUGAGUUAAGGUUGAUGAAAGAGAAAGAUUUCAUCAAUGGAAUUUAGCGUGUGUAGUGGUUGGGUUUCCCUUGCUUUGGAUUUAUGUUUACUUAUUUGGAAGCCGCAGAGCAGUCAGUCCAAAUGGGGUGGAUGUGGCAAUUAAUUGGAAAAGUGUCAUUCCUUGUAAUGUAUCAGGUGGAAGGACUCAAAAAGUGACAGAAAUAGUUUCAUUACAAAAUUACUAUUUUCCUAAGACCGGAUGAACUCUUGAAAUACCAUUCAUUCUUCGAUCACCUAAUAAAAGUAACAAUUCGAUUUGAAAACUCAGUGGGUAUUCUGAGGAGGAGGCUCAGUGAAGCAAUGAUUGCUAGAAUAAUUCUCCUGCAGUGUUUUCUGGCCCUGAAUGUUGUGCGAGUUCUCGGCUAUGGUUAUUCUUGGAAAGAGUGCACAUGGAAGAGAGAGGAUCCAAAAGAUAAAGGCAUCAUAUGGGCCUGUGAGUUCCAGAAACAAGUCAGUAACACAGCCCUUCGUGUAUACUAUUCUGGAAAUAUCAGAAUCUCUGGAUGUCAUCACUGUUGUAAUCGGUGGUAUUUCACAUUUAACGGUGUCGAGUGCAGUACUCCUGGGCCAAUAGAAGGCGCUCUGUACCAGGCCCACGCCGGAAAUCUCAACAGUCACGUGCACGGUCACAUUGAAGGUCACUGCCAUAACGUACAGGAGGGAGGGGUGAAAGUAGAAGUAAGAAUCGGUCCUUGCCUUGGCACAGGGAUACCAUUGGGGAAUGGUCACACAGGCUUUGCCACAUUGUCAAGAAUCUUUAUUGAAGAGGUGACAUUGUAUGCAACAUAACAUUAACCUGUCAGCUGAUGCUAACUUCCGAGUAUUCAAGCCCCGCCCAUUAUCGAAGGUUUUAAGAUGAUGGAUUUAGGACAAACAGCCCUUUGUAUUAUUGCUCUGUUAGUUAAGCAAUAAAAGCCUUCAUAAGGGGAAAA